AUGGUCGAUACGGACUACGAAAAGGCGAGGAAAUUUGAGGGAGGUCUCCGAGACUCCAUUCUUGAGAAGAUUAAUGUGUUGAAGGUACAUAAAUAUGUGGAUGUGUUGGAUAGGGCCAUCAUGGUGGAAGGUAACCAGGCCAACCGUAGCUGGUACUUAGAUUGGAAGGGCAAAAGGCAAUGCUCUAACGUGCACAAAGGGUCGGUGUCCUCACAAAACAAGAAGCAAAAUUUAGGAGCUUCUAACACUGCGGGGUCUAACUGUGAUUCACCAAUAACUUGCCCGGAGUGUGGGAAGAAACCUCAAGGGGUUUGCCAUCGAGCAUCAAGAGCUUGCUUUAAGUGUGGGAAGAUAAGACUUAUAAUGAGAGAUUGUCCUAUGUUUGGGCAACAAAAAGGGAAUAGGCCAACUGCUAGUUCAGCUGGUUCCACUUCUGCAACAAAGACCCCGACAAGACCUACUACUUCUAGAGAUAAUGUUAGACAAUGGAGAGUCUUUGCUCUUGUUCUGGGUUAUGUCCAGAAUUUAGAUGUAGUGGUUUUAGAUAUUCCAUUAUGUGCUAAUUUGAUUCCUCUUGAUAUGGUACACUUUGAUAUAAUUUUGGGAAUGGAUUGGUCAGCUAAGUAUCAUUCAACCAUCGAUUGUAUGUCUAAGCAAGUUGCUUUCCGUCCACCGGAUCAAGAUGAGUUUACAUUUGUGGGACAUGGGGUGCUCCCUCCACCUUAUUUGAUAUUGGCUAUGAAAGCUCGUAAACUACUUCAGAAAGGUUGUAAGGGUUAUUUGUGUAGCAUUUUGCAUCCAGUGACAACUGAGGUGGGUGUUGAAAAUAUUCAGAUUGUUAGUGAGUUUCCAGAUGUAUUUCUGAAAGAAUUUCCAGGGGACUUAAUAGACCAUGAGAUUGAAUUUGUCAUUGAUAUUGUAUCAGGUACUCAACCAAUUUCUAAGGCUCCGUACAGAAUGUCAUUGGCAAAAAUGAAGGAAUUGAAAAUACAGUUGCAAGAAUUGAUUGACAAAGGAUUCAUCCAACUGAGUACAUCGCCAUGGAGCGCACCAUUUUGUUUGUGA